AUGUCUAAUGGAAGCUUUCAUGAUCAUUUAUCAGCUAAGUCAGAUGCACCCAUCUCAUGGGCCAGAAGAUUGCGUGUAGCACGUGAUACUGCAUGUGGAUUGGCAUACCUACAUGAAGGAAUGGACUACUCGGUUAUCUUCAGAGAUUUCACACCCUCUAACAUUCUUCUAGAUAAAGAAUGGCAUGCUAAGCUUUUAAACUUUGGCAACACAUCAUUAAGUACUUCAGAAGGACAGACCUAUGUAUCAGGGUAUGCAGCUCCUGAAUAUCUGAAGACGGGAUAUCUAACAACAAAGAGCAACGUAUGGAGCUAUGGAGUCUUGUUGUAUGUGCUUAUCACAGGUUGGCCUCCAUUAGAUCCUCAUCGCCCCAUGAACGAGCAAAAGCUCUUGGACUGGGUGAAACCUUACUUAUCGGAUGACAAAUUUUGCCAAAUAGUUGACUCUAGGAUUGAGAUUGACGAUUUUGGUUUACGUGAAGCAAAAAGACUGUCGAUUAUAGCCAAUAGUUGCUUGCGCAAAAACAUAAAGGUACGACCAAAGAUGAGCCGUGUUUUGGAUAUGCUUGACCAGCUCAUGACGAAAUCUGUAAUGGAAAGAGCUAGUGACAAUGCAGACCGAGUUUUGCAUGAACCAUAUAGUUCUAUGAAAAUGAAAUUCAAAGGUAAGAGAAGAUUUGAAUGCUUGUCUUGUAUAUGUUCAUGGACCAAAUAG